GGCCCCUCGGCGCCACUUCCGGCGGGUGGCGACAUGGCCGGAGGUCGGGACCGCGGGGACUUGGCUGCUAGGCAGCUAGUGUUCUUACUUCCAGAAUAUUUAAAAGAUGCCUCGAGGAAGUCGAAGAGCGGCCUCCUGUUUGUAAAGCUGGUCAACCCGCACUCAGGGGAAGGAGCCACUUACUUAAUUGAUGCGUGUCUACAGAAGCUCUUUGAAAUAAAAGUUUUCAAGGAAAAACACCAUUCUUGGUUUAUAAAUCAGUCAGUUCAAUCAGGAGGCCUUCUCCACUUCGCCACACCCAUGGACCCUUUAUUUCUGCUCCUUCACUAUCUCAUAAAGGCUGGCAAAGAGGGGAAGUAUCAGCCCUUGGAUCAGGUUGUAGUGGAUGACAAGUUUCCAGAUUGCACUUUGCUGCUGAGAUUUCCUGAGCUUGAGAAGUUACUUCAGCAUGUGACAGAGGAAAAAGAAGUGAACAGCAAGAAGUACUAUAAGUACAGCAUGGAGAAGACGUUGAAGUGGCUGGAGAAGAAGGUCAACCAAACCGUGGCAGCACUGAAAGCCAGUCAUGUCAACGUUGGAGCCCGGGUACAGUCUUCUGCAUAUUUCUCUGGUGUUCAGGUUUCCAGGGACAAGGAAGAAGACUAUGUUCGAUAUGCCCAUGGUCUGAUCUCUGAUUACAUCCCUAAAGAAUUAAGUGACGAUUUAUCCAAGUUCUUGAAGCUUCCAGAACCUCCAGCCUCCCUGCCAAACCCUCCAGCAAAGAAAGUAAAGUUAUCAGAUGAGCCUGUGGAAGCGAAAGAAGAUUACACUAAGUUUAACACUAAGGACUUGAAGAACGGCAAGAAAAAUAGCAAAAUGACUGCAGCUCAGAAGGCUUUGGCUAAAGUUGACAAGAGCGGAAUGAAAAGUAUCGAUGCUUUUUUUGGCGCAAAAAAUAAAAAAACUGGAAAGAUUUGAAGCAUUGAAAAUAAAAUCCAGUGGAACAGAGAAAGAAGUUUGCCUCUUGCCUAUUCUGUCUUGUCUCUUCUUGCCGCUGUCUGCGACCCUAAGUCACUCCGCUGAGAACCGAGUUUGCUUUCACAUCCUGCGGACACUUGCUGGGCUGUGACUUUGUGUCUGACUAACGCAAUCACUGUGGGAAAGUGAUUGUGUGAGCUUCUGUCCAGGGCCUUUGGAACGUUUGCCAUGAUGGAAAGUCAUCACAGCUUCCCCAGGGAGGUGUGAGCGGUGCCCAGCUGUUCCCUGCUCUGUCCUGCUUGGCCUCAGCUGAAAUGAGCUGGACAACAAAACCGUUUAUUUUGGUAAAUUUUAUGAUUAGCCAUAUCUUUGUGUGGAUUCUUGUUCUUUGUAAAAAGAAAAAAAUCAAUAAAACAAAAUUGCAGUCUUCCACUAUGCGGGCAUAACUAGAUAAUCUUCUUAGAAUAAAAAUAUUUUCAAGAACU